AUGGGUAAGAGGCAGCAAGUUGCAGACUAUAAUACAAUGUUGGCCAGAUUCAGAGCAGCUAUGGUAUUAAGUGGUAGUGGUGAUGCUAUAGGAUACAGACAUGGUAAAUGGGAAUUUUGUUUAGAUGGCAGACAAAUUCAUAAAGAAUUACAAGAAAUGGGUGGAAUUGCAAAAAUUAAUGUAGCAGCCAGAAAAAGAGAUAAUCUAUUAUGGAUAGUUAGUGAUGAUACUGUUAUGCAUUUAGCUACAGCAGAAGCUCUGAUAGAAAGUGGGGAAACAGAAGAUUGGGAUGAACUAUUCUAUAAUAUUGGUAAACAUUAUCAAGAAUCUAUGAAGGAUAUGAGAGGUAGAGGUCCAGGUCCUACAUGUAUGGGUGGUGCCAGUGCAUUUAAUCCUAGUAUUAAGAAGAAACAAAUUGUACCAUUUGAUGGAAGAGGUGGUGGGUGUGGUGCUGCUAUGAGAGCUAUGUGUAUUGGUCUACGCUAUCCUCUACAUAAAGAUGAAGAUAAAUUGAUUAAAGUGAGUGUAGAAAGUGGAAGAAUGUCCCAUCAUCAUCCUACAGGUUAUCUAGGUGCUGUAGCAGCGGCUUUAUUUACUGCUUAUAGUAUACAAGAGAAGCCUAUAAUAGAAUGGGGUCACAGUUUAGUAAAUGACGUAAUACCUAAAACAUUACAAUAUAUAAAAGAUACUGAUGAAUAUGUAGCACCUAAUGUUCAAAUAUGGGAUGAUGAGAAAGGAUUUAAAGCCCACUGGGAAAGAUAUUUAAAAGAGAGAAAGAUAGCAGACGGCAAAUCAGAGCCUGUGUUCCCUAAAAUAUAUGAUGUAGAAGAAAGAGAUAUAUUUUAUAAGUAUAUAAGUUUUAGUGGAUGGGGUGGCGCUAGUGGCCACGAUGCACCCUUGAUAGCAUAUGAUGCCUUACUAGCAGCAAAAGAUAACUGGACAGAGCUUACAAAUAGAGCCUUUUUCCAUGCAGGAGACAGUGAUAGUACAGCUGUAAUGGCAGGCUGUUGGUUUGGUGCUCUCUAUGGUUAUAAAGAUGUGCCAAAAUCUAAUUAUAAGGGUUUAGAAUAUCAGUCGAGAUUAGAGAAAGCUGGUGAAGAAUUAUAUAGAUUGUCACAUAUAGGAGAUACUAAUAAUUCAAGUUAA